CGUUUUCACCCCUUCUCGAUUCAUAUAAAAGCAAAACUCAUUCUUACUUUCUACUCCAUAUCCUCUUACGUUCUACACCUUUAAAAUCAAAAUCCUCUCACUCACAUCGCACAAACUUUCAGUGGCUUAGUGUUGAUAGAUUAGUUUCUCGCUUUGAAGUUUCAAAAAUAACUAGGCAUUCUAGCGCUUACCACAGAGCAGGAAAAUUGAAGGGAACUUGAAAGAAGUGGGUGUUAUUUUGGGGGAGAGGAAUUGAAGAAGAAUGGCUCAGACGGUGGGGAGGACCUUAGCAGCUCCUUUGCUGUUUAUAAACUUGAUCAUGUACCUUCUUGUGGUGGGUUUUGCUAGUUGGUGUAUUAACAAGUAUAUCAAUGGCCAAAUGAACCAUCCCAGUUUAGGGGGCAAUCCUGCGACAAAUUACUUCUUGACCUUCGCCUUAUUGGCUGGUGUCCUUGGCGUGGUUUCAAAGUUUCUUGGUGGCAACCACAUCAGAGCUUGGAGGAAUGACAGUCUAGCCUCUGCAGCAUCAACAUCAAUAGUGGCAUGGGCAAUUACUGCACUAGCUUUUGGGCUUGCGUGCAAGGAGAUAGACAUAGGAGGGUACAGAGGGUGGAGACUGAAGGUAGUAGAGGCAUUCAUAAUUAUUCUAACGUUCACCCAGUUGUUGUACGUUUUGUUACUUCAUGCUGGGGUGUUCAGCAGCAAGUACGGUCCCGGUUACCGCGACAGAGAUUAUGGCAUGGGGCCGGCAGCCGGUACCGCUGACCCGACGCCUAAGGGUGUCGGGGUUGCUGGUUCUAGGGUUUAAAUCACGUAUAUACAUGACAGUACUACUACUAGUACUCAUGCAGCAUGCAUAUGGUUUCUUCUGUUGAUUUCAUCUUUUUUUUUUUUCCUGCAAUUUAGUCCAGUUUGUGGCUACGUACGUACAUAAGUUUCUUAUUUGGUUGUGGCUGGGAGGAUCCGAUCGAUGUCUACUUUCUAUUUAAAUGUCAUGAUCUCAUAUAUGUACGAGUUUCCUGCAUCAUGUGUACAUAUAUAUAGUGUGAUGACUUUGGCCUA